AUGAAGUCCUUUCGAACCCAUCGAUCAAAGUCUCUCCCUAGCAACCAAACCUCCAAGAAGUCGCUCUUUUCCAAAAUCUCCCGUCGCCUCUCUCUCGGCCCCAGAAGACGCGCCGAUUCAGUCCGUCUAUACGACGAUAGCGACAACGAUGACACAGUCUGCGUAAUCCCUUCAGAGCUUCAACAGCCACCUACCCAAUCACGCUUCGCUCGCCGAGCCUCCCGAUUCUGGUCCGUAUCUUCGGCAAACCAGUUCGAAGAAGACUUCUCUUCACCCCAGUCCCCAACAUAUCCCUCGUACGGGGGCACAUACGUCCCACGCCAUGCAGCAAGCGACUUUUCCAAGACAGCCACCAAUCGCCUGACCAUGAUGGUAGAGGCCGACGAGACGACGCUCUGCUCAUACAACUACCGCACCGACAGGACUACAAGAAGCUCCAGCAUGACUGACAGCGAGCCCGAUCUGGAUCAUCGUGAACAGGCACUCAGAGCCUUGACUACGAGACGCAGUAGCACCCUCUCAAGUCAGACGAGCAACUCGAACAAUGACUAUAUCUUCUUCUCGACCGACGCGACAAGUAGUGUAGAUGCUCGGCAUCGAAGAUCAGCUGCUGCAUGGGCUGAGCUUGAACAGAAAUCAGCAGCAAUUAACCACAGGAUGAGCGGCACCGAUCAGCUCAUCCCCCGGCAGGGCCGCACACACAGCACCUAUCUGGGUUUGCCUGGCAGCACAUACGACUCGUCAAGACCCGCGAGCUCAGUGGCCACGAGUGUCCAUGAGUAUAUUAGGCCCGCGCAGACUGUUAGAGCUUGGUAG